ACUUUGUGGCUGUGGAAUCUGACUUUGUGGGUGUGCUAUCUAGUGUACACCGGAACACAGUGUUUUGGAUGGGAGGGACUCUGACUGUACCUGCCAGGUGGAGGUAAAUUCUGCAUCGUUAUUGGUUGGAGUCUCAUGGUCUUCAUUUGCCCCCUCCCAUCUCUCCAAGCAUAUUACAUACUUCUAUGCAGCAGUGCAAGACAGCAAACUGUUACUGAGGCACGGAGGAGAACGCUUGAAGACUGAGAGAGAAGGCAAAGAGACUGGGGAGAAGGUUUGAAGACAGAGAGAAGGCAAAGAGACUGGGGAGAAGGCAAAUAGACUGAGUGAAGUUGAAGUAGUAAGAGAGGACUCAAAGUGUUCGAUCAGUGGAUAAAGCAGAAGAGAAAGUGUCAAGGCUACCAGUUGACUCUUGCCAGCUAGAGCAGUUUUUCCCUGAGAACAACAGAGAUGGCCAUUGCUCCGUUCAGUCGCAGUCAGUGGGCCUCCCACUCCCUCAGAGUCACAGCUAAGGAGUUGUCCAUAGUUGGCACCAGAGGCAGGAACAAUGCCAUUGCUGAGCGCUUCUCCAAAUACCAACUGGCUGCAGAGGAGGGCAACUCGGAGAGGAAGAAAGCAGCUGCAGAUCCGUUGCCCCCAACUCUCCGCAGUGGCAACCUGAGUGUGUUGAAGAAGUGGUGGGAGCAGCCUGUCCAGUCCUCAGCCACGUCCUGCGCCCUGUUACCCCACACCACCCAGACUUGCUGCUUACUCCCCUUAAACCCUAAAGCCAAGCAUCAGAUCCAGCCCCAGGCCACUCAGGCCCAGCCACCUCUCUCACCAGACCCCGACACCAGCCCCACAGCCGCUGAGGACCAGGCAGGACCUGGCAUGGAGAGAAGACUGCAGCAGAGAGACCCAGAGAGGCAGGAGGCAGUAGCAGAAGUACCUUGUGUCCCCAGUGAGAAGCCCAACAUCCCCCUCAACAACCUCAAGAUGAUGUUUGAGAAAGGAGAGAACCAGCAGAACAAAGCGUCCAGAGCGCCUGUGAGGAUCGGAGGCAUCACUGAUAACAUGGACCAGCUACUUGGAGAUGCAGGGAGUAUGGAGUCUGUGCCCCUGAGGGACAGGAUGGCCAUGUACCAGGCUGCUGUAUCUAAAACCGAGGUGUUAUCAUCCUCAGUCAGCAGUGAUCAGUUGGACUCAGGCCUCCUCUGCAGCAACAAACAGAAGGAGAAUGUACCCCCAGGCAGUGGGCACAUGGGUUCGGACUCUGAGCCCACCAGUAGGAAAGCCUCUUCCACAGAGAGUAAUGGCUCCAGUAUCGGCACCUCCUCUGUAUCCUCGACCCAGAACGAUCAAGCUCAGCCCAAGAACCCCAGGAGCUUCUGCUUGCCUGCACAGGAGAGCUGUGUGUCGUGUCAGAAGACAGUCUACCCUCUGGAGAGACUGGUGGCCAACCAACAGGUCUACCACAACACCUGCUUCAGAUGCUCCCACUGCAACACCAAACUCAGCCUGGGAACCUACGCCUCUCUGCACAGCCUUGUCUAUUGCAAGCCUCACUUCUGUCAGCUGUUCAAGGCCAAGGGCAACUAUGAUGAGGGCUUCGGCCUGCGCCCUCACAAGGAGCUGUGGGAGACCAAAGGAGAGAGUGGGGCUGGGGAGGAACAGCGGACCGAACAGACCACAGAGGUCACCUCCUUCUCCAAAGACAAGCUGAAGAAGUGUGCCUCUACCGGCACACUGUUGAUCAGCCCAGCAGUAGAGGAGUCUCCACUGGCCAAGGUCAAUGUGGUAACGGCCUCCCUAGAGACCCGUACCCAGAUCUCCACAGACAAGGACAAGCCAGUGGAGACACGUCGGCUGAAGAUUUCCUGGCCUCCCCGCACCGAAGGAGAUGGAGAGGGGGGUAACAUGGGGUCCAGCCCCACCUCAGAAGGGAGCUCCGGUGGCAGACCAUCCCGUGCCAAGUGGCCCCCAGAGGGUGACUCGGCCUUCCCCGACCAGAGCCCAGAGUCCACCGAACGCUCCACCCUCUGCAGGAGCUCCUCCCUCAAAGAGCGCAGCCAGCACUUCUCAUUGGCCAGCCCCUCCCAUGCUCCUGCCCCUGCUGCCAGUCAGACAGCCAAUCCUGAGCCAGAACUGCUGGAGAGGAUGAGCUCAUUGGAGGACAGGGAGCCUGAGCUGGCCUCCAGUCCUGAGGAACAGAUCAUAGAGAUCCGGGAACAAUCUGACAGUCUGUCACCUGACUACCACACACCUUCGGACGACAGCUAUGUUGAUGUCCAAACCAGCACUGAGGAGGGUAGAGAAACACCUCUAAAAGAGAACCACCACGAAUCACUAGAGUCAAAAGAAGAACAGGGAGUGAAGGAGGACUGGGAUGAAGAAGAGAAGAUGGAGGGGGAAGAUGGGGAAGGGUUACCUUCUCAAAACUGCCACACUGCCUCGUCAGAGAUCGUCACGUCCCCCUCGUCUCCGGAGGUGGAGCCUAGACCCAAGACCAACCACACGUCUCAGGAUGUGGGCUUCUGGGAUAGCAAGGAGGCCGUGUCUGUAGAGGAGAUGAUUAAGAGGAACCGCUACUAUGAGGAAGAUGAGGACGAAGAGGACUGAAAGAGACUCUGGUUCAUUAAGUCAGGAACAUUAUUAGACAUAACAAGCUGUUGACUGAACUUCCGCCCCUCCUUUUUGUUUCUCUCUUCAUUUCCCUUUAACCUAAAUAACCGUGUUUGGUGUGAUGU